AUGGCUCACCGGUUCUGCGUCUCCUUCUGGCUACUGGUCUGCUGGUUGGUGGUAACUGUGGCAGAAGCAAUGUCCACAUUUUUAUAUCCCCUGCAGCCAAGUAAUUUGCAUGCGGACAAGAAGAGGUGGUGACUCCUCCUGGGGGCUCACGAAAUAAUGGAGACCCCACAGACUGCCAGAUCUUUACACUCACCCCUCCCCCCACCACAAGGAACCCUGUGACGAGGAUCCAGCCCAUCACAAGGACACCCAAGUGUCCCUUCAUUUUUUUUCCACGACGAAGGCCCAGAGUCUACAUUAGGUUUCCAAACAGACCUUUCCUCCCUCCAUGGUGCAACCGCCGUUUUCAGUUUCAUCCGUUUAUUUGGCCACGCGUUCGCCUUCCUCCUCAUUAUCAAUAUUUCCCUGGAAGAAAUGUCGGGAGAGGAAGCUCGUCUGAGGAAAGCAGAGAGAAGAGAGAAGCCCAAACAUGCUGAAGCCAAAAAGGCCAAUGCCUCGGAAAAGAUUAUAAAAGAUUUCUGUUUUCUUUUUCCAAACUAAAACUAUUGGGUUUGAAGAUUAAGUAUCUUAAACACUUGAACACUAACUAGAAAUUGUUCUCCUUGUCAGCAGUGAAGAUACUUGGUUAUAGAUUAUUUAUGUUCGCAAAACAGGAGCAGGAACUACAUUCUUCUUAUCCCAAACUUUUUAUGAUCACAGGACAUUUAAACUAGUAAAAACCUAAAAUGGGUGGUUCAAAUAAUUCCUAUUCAAACUGAGAUGCCAAAAGAAUCACCUCCCUCUUCUAAAUUGGAGUGAAGAGCAUUUAAAUAACCUGAGAUUGUUAUAAACCAA